CUCUACCGGGACGGCAAGCGCGUCCUCGAAUGCCUCCAACGCGCCCUCCGCGUCGCCGACGCCUGCAUGGACACGGCCGUGUCUGUAGAACUCUUCGUCGAGAUCCUCAACCGCUACGUCUACUACUUCGACCAACAGAACGAAACCGUGACCACCAAGUAUCUGAAUGGUCUGAUCGAGCUCAUCCACUCCAACCUCCAGACCGACAAGGAGGAGCCCAACCCCAGCCUCGAAGGGCCCAAACGCCACUUCCAGCGCACAUUGGAGUACAUCCGGUCCCGGGAUUACGAAGGCGUAGUCACGGAGCCAAGGCAGUGA